AAACGUUAAGUUUGUGUAUGUUUUUAGUGUUGGCUUUAAAUUACAAAUGCAUUUGAAUUGAGAUUUAAAAUUGAUUUCAAAAUCUGGAAGUGAUGUCUGAGUGGGAGUCCAAUGACUGCCACACAUGUAGUGAUAACAAGACAAUUAGUGGCGAAGACUUUGAUCCGACGGACCACUCAUUCCUCUGCCAUCCGGAGCUCAUGAGUAAACAGGAGUUAAAGGAUUUGUUACGAAAUCGUCGCGUAUGUCUCCCACAAGAGCUCACAACCAAUGGCUAUGAAUAUUGCAAUUUAAUUGAUUUAUAUAAACGAGUAUUACUUCCGUUACCGCAGAGGAAGUACGGCGACAGUCGGCACGACAUCCAACUGAAGGCCAAACAAUUGGAUUGUAAUAUGAAUUCCGCACUCAAGAGGAAGAGUGAAGAACUGCACGCAAACCAAGACUCGAAGAAAGCGAAAACAAUUACCAUUAAUAAUAAUAAUUCAAAUUAUGAGAUAAAUAGCAAACGAAUGGCAACACAAGUAUCGCAACAAACCUAUGAUAAUAAGCGACAGAGAGUUAAUUGGCCUUAA